UCCCAUCAACCGCCAUCUCUCGCGGUAUUCUCACGCCUCCAGCCUCAGCAAGUCGUGUGUGUCAGAUCGCGUCGAGGCAUGCUGCGACAAUAUGCCACGGUAGCGUCCAAGCCUCUCUCGCGGCUCCGGGCUCGAGGAAAAAGCCCUGUCAGCCUCGACCACUUCAUCCAGCGACAGCGCGCACUGGCGUUGUGGCGGGACAUUGUUCGCAGUACUGCCAAUAUCCCCGACAGCGCGACGCGGAAAGACAUGCGACAGUUUGCAAGAUCCGAGUUUGAACAGCAUCGCCAUGUCAAUGAUCUUGGUCACAUUCGCUAUCUCAUCUCUUAUGGGAAAACACAGUUCCAGGCCAUGAAAGACACUCUCAUGAACUCUGGAGUGCUCACGGAAUAAACCUCAUCCUAAGUUAUCUUCCUGCAGCUGUCAUGGUGUCUUGUGCUGUGCUCUCUUCCCAUUGGCCCGUUUUCCGAGGGGCAUCCGUCUAGUGUACCUAAUACCAGCACCAAACACCUCAUCU